UUUUUCCUUUUUCUUUCUUUUCUUUUUCCCCUCCUUUUUUUUUUUUAUUAUUAUCAUGUCCACACCUGCAUUACUUUCACCCAUAAAGAUUGGUGACUAUGAAUUAGAACAUAGAGUAGUUCUUGCUCCUUUAACUCGACUUCGAAAUACGGAAGAGGGUGUGGUGACUGAUCCUAUGGUAGAAUAUUAUACUCAACGUACCACUAAAGGUGGUUUAUUGAUUACGGAAGCUACCGUGAUUUCUCCUGUUGCUCAUGGUUACAAGUAUGCUCCUGGGAUUUAUACUGAAGAACAUAUUGAAGGAUGGCGACGAGUCACUGAUGCUGUUCACGCUAAAGGUGGUCUUAUCUUCAGUCAACUUUGGCAUAUUGGUCGUGCUACUCAUUCCAAGAUCUUACCCAACAACUUGACCCCUGUUUCUGCUUCGGCUAUUGCUAUCAAUGGUAAAAGUUUACUUGGUGAUGACUUUGAAGUACCUCAUCCUCUUACUGAAGAAGAAAUCCAAGUUACUAUUCAAGAUUUUGUCAAGGCGGCUGAAAAUGCUAUGAAAGCCGGAUUCGAUGGUAUUGAAAUUCAUGGUGGAAAUGGUUAUCUAAUUGAUCAAUUCAUUAAUACAUCAAGUAACAAACGUACUGAUCGAUAUGGUGGUUCUAUUGAAAAUCGAGCAAGAUUUGCUUUGGAAGUGGUGGAUGCUGUAGUAAGUGCCAUUGGUGCCAAGAAGACAUCUAUUCGACUCUCACCAUGGUCUGGAUUCCAAGAUAUGGAAGAUGAUACCCCUGUGGAAACAUGGUCCUAUAUUACUCAACAAUUACAAGAUAAUCACCCUGAUUUGGCUUAUAUCCAUUAUAUUGAAUCUCGUGAAGGUGGACAUUCGGAUGAAAUUUUAGAAUCGCAUGAAUCUCUAGAUCCUUUCCGUAAGAUCUGGCAAGGCCCCUUCAUUACUGCUGGUGGAUACACCGACCCCAAGAAAGCCAUCAAGUUGUGUGACGAAUGCCCCAACAAUCUAUUGGCUUUCGGUCGUAUUUUUAUUGCUAAUCCUGAUCUUGUCGAACGUAUCCGUCAUGACUGGCCCCUCAAUAAGUAUCAUCGUCCCACUUUUUAUACUCAAGGUACUGAAGGUUAUAUUGAUUAUCCUUUCUAUACUCCCAAAGAUGAACAAGAAGACAUUAUCGAAUCUACUGUGGAAUCUACUGAUAUUGCUUCUCCUGUUGUUGAUGCCGAUACUACUCCUUCUCCCAAAGCUGAUACUGUCAAGGAAUCCUCUACUACUUCUUCCGAUACUACCAAAAAAGUCGAAGAAAAAUCUGAAAAGAAAAAAUUCAAGAAAUUCAGCAAGGCCAAGUGUAUCAUUUCCUAGUUUAGAUAUAUAUUUUUCUUUAUAUCACAUACAUCAUUAUUGUUAUUUAUAUAAUUUAUUAUUAUUGUUAUUAUUAUGAUUAUUACUAUUACCCCUCUUUCUUUUUUUUUUUUAUUUUAUAUAUCUUUCCUCCAACUCUUUUUUUUUUUUUUGAUGUAGACCCAU